GCCGCAGUCCACGGCGGCGCGGAGCUCCCGCGCGCCCGGGGCCGCGCGCCGCGACAUCAUUCUCUCCGACAGCGUCGGCGACGGCGGCGGCAACGACGUCUACCGGGACGAAGUCCUGCGCGCCUGGGAAUCCGUCGACGACUCAUUGGACAACUUGCUCCGCCGCUUGGCCGGCGCACGGGCUUCUUGCUUCUCCAGCGCGACCAUCCAGCAGAACUUGCAGCUCCUCCUCCUCAUCCGGGACUACCAGGUCAACGGCCACGUGGCAGCCAAGCUCGACCCGCUCGGCCUCGACGGCGGCACCGCCGCCACCGACGAGGGCCGCCUCGACCUCGGCCUGUACGGCUUCACCGAGGCCGACCUCGACAGGGAGUUCUUCCUCGGCGACGUCUGGAGGAUGCCCGGAGAGGAGCGCGCGCGCGCCGUCCUCACCCUCCGAGACGUGCUCGGCGUGCUCCAGCGCGCGUACUGCGGCUCCGUCGGCUACGAGUACAUGCACAUCAACGACGGGGACAAGCGCAGCUGGCUCAGGGACAGGAUCGAGGCCGCCGCCGGUGCCGAGCCCGGCGACGCGUACGGCAGGGAGCGCCGCCUCGCCAUGCUCGAGAAGCUCGUGUGGGCCACGCGGUUCGAGAGCUUCGCCGCCGCCGAGUACCCCACGGCAAAGCGGUACAGCCUCGCGGGCGGGGAGUCCCUCAUCCCGGCCAUGGAGGAGAUGUUCAGCCGCGCCGCCAGCCUCGGCGUCGAGAGCGUCGUCGUCGGGAUGGCGCACCGGGGGAGGCUCAACUUCAUGGUCAACGUCGCCGGGGUGCCGCUGUCUCAGGUGUUCAGGGAGCUGAGCACCGGCGGGCUGUUCAUGCCCGUUGAGGUCGAAGGUAGUGAGGAGGAGACGUACGCUGGGACAGGCGAGUUCUACGUCCUGGCCGGCGCCUCCCGCGACAGGCCGACCCGAGGCGGCGGCGCCGGCAGGAGCAGCCUCCACCUGUCCGUGCUCGCCAACCCCAGCCACCUCGAGUCCGUCCUCCCCGUGGUCGCCGGAAAGACGCGCGCGAAGCAGUUCUACUCCGGCGACGGUGGGAGGACGAGGAACAUGGCCGUGGUGGUCCACGGGGACGGCGGCUUCUCCGGGCAGGGCGUGGUGUACGAGACGCUCAACCUGGGCGCCCUCCCCGGCUACACGGCCGGCGGAACAGUCCACAUCGUCGUCAACAACCGGAUCGCCUUCACGACGGAGCCCGGCGCCGGCAGGUCCUCCCGGUACUGCACGGACGUCGCCAAGGGCCUGGGCGCCCCGGUGUUCCAUGUGAACGGCGACGACCCGGAGGCGGUCGUCCAUGUCUGCGAGCUUGCAGCUGAGUGGCGCCAGGCGUUCCACUCCGACGUGGUGGUCGAUCUCAUCUGCUACCGCCGAGCUGGCCACAACGAACUCGACGACCCUACCUUCACGCAGCCAGUUCUGUGCGAGGUGAUUAAGAAGCAUCCCAGUUCAGUAGAGAUUUACGAGAAGAAACUGCUAGGAACGGGCCAAGUCACCAGCGAAGACGUGCAGAUGAUCCACGGGAGAGUUGACAGGAUCUUGAACGAAGAGCUUGCAAAGAGCAAAUCAGAUGAACAUCUGAUGGCCAACAAGAGAGACUACCACUGGCUCUCCGCUCAGUGGGCCGGCAUGAAGUCACCCGACCAAGUAUCACGUGUCCGGGACACCGGGGUUAAGCCGGAUGUGCUGAGACGCGUUGGGCCGGCGAUCACCGCACUGCCCGAGAGCCUCAAGCCCCACCGAGCAGUGAAGGAGAUGUUCGAGCAGCGGCGGCGGGCGGUGACGGCGGAGAGAGGGGAAGGCAUCGACUGGGGUUUCGCGGAAGCCCUUGCCUUCGCAACGCUCCUACUGGAAGGCUACCAUGUCCGGCUGAGCGGGCAGGAUGUGCAGCGGGGAACGUUCUGUCACCGGCAUGCUGUUGUCCAUGACCAGGAAACCCGUGGGGAGUCCUACUGCCCGCUCCACCAUGUCGUGCCGGAUCAGAAUCCGGAGCAGUUUACUGUCUGCAACAGCUUACUUUCAGAAUAUGCUGCUCUCGGAUUUGAAAUUGGUUACUCCAUGGAGAACCCCAACUCACUUGUCCUCUGGGAAGCACAAUUCGGCGACUUCGCCAAUCUUGCACAAGUGAUGAUCGAUCAGUUUCUGAGCUGCGCGGAGGCAAAAUGGCUACGCCAAUCUGGUCUGGUUCUUCUACUACCUCAUGGUUACGAUGGCCUAGGCCCUGAGCACUCCAGUGCCUAUUUGGAGCGCUUCCUUCAGAUGAGUGAUGAUAACCCUUUUGUCAUACCUGAGAUGGAACCAACACUCUGCAAGCAGAUUCAGGAGUGUAAUUGGCAAGUUGUGAAUUUGACGACUCCCGCAAAUUAUUUCCAUGCACUGCGUCGUCAGAUACAUAGGGAGUUCCGAAAGCCACUGAUCGUAAUGGCUCCUAAGAACCUGCUUCGCCACAAGGAUUUUAGGUCCAGUCUUUCUGAGUUUGAUGAAAUUCAAGACCAUCCGGGUCUUGAUGAUGAGGAAGGAAGCCGUUUCAAGCGGCUGAUACCGGAUCAUCACAAACAAGUCGAGAAGGGUAUCAACCGUUUCAUAUUAUGCAGCGGACAAGUGUACUUUCAACUUGAUGAGGGUCGGAAACAGUCUGGGCGGAGUGAUGUUGCAAUUUGCAGAAUCGAGCAGCUUUGUCCAUUCCCAUAUGACCUUGUCCAGAGAGAGCUAAAACGAUAUCCAAAUGCAGAGAUUGUGUGGUGUCAAGAGGAGCCCAUCAAUAGGGGUGCAUACAGCUACAUCGCUCCUCGCUUGACUACUUGUUUGAGGGCUCUUGGGCGGGGUUCCUUCGAGGACAUCAAGUAUGUUGGCCGGGCGCCAUCAGCUGCUGCAGCCACUGGCUUCCCGUCGGUUCAUGUGCAGGAACAGUCAGAGCUAGUCAAGAAAGCGUUGCAGGUUGAGCCCAUCAAGCUCCCAUGAUGCUGUCCUCUAGUUGAGCGAGACUGAUUUCAAAGAAAAAUGAGUGCCCUCAUCAUGUACGACCAAAAUACGUUGUUACUCAAUAAGUUUGUCUUGAUGCUCACUGUAAGACCAAAUUAAAUGAUCAUGUACCAAGAGGAGAGAUGAGAUCUCUUUUAUGUUUCCCUAAAACUAAUUGAUACUCUUGAAUCUAUCUAUUGGAGUAUUAAAAUA